GCAUGACCCAACACACAUUACUGUAAUACUGUACACGGCCGCCGAGAUAAUAUCCGUAUAAAAAAGCGAAAUAAUCCCGAGGUAAGGAACCGAGGAGUGAACCAAAACCGACCGAGGUUUGGCGUUUCUGCUCAUUUUCCUUCGCUUCGUUUUCUUUUACUCUAACCAAGUGUUUCGCCGCCGUCGAAAUUACUGCACUAAAUAUAUUUGUGUGCCUCCCUUUAGCUCCAGCCAGCGCAAGGAUUUUUUUUUUACUCCUCCUUCGUAAUAAAGUCGCCAUUUUGCUUCACUGCCUAUAAACCAUCCCGUAUUCUAAUAUUUUCCUCAAGGAGUCGAGGACCUACCUAUAUUUUCCUGGCUAUUCCUUAUAUUUCUGGAUUGUUUAACGAGAAGACAGAGGUUGAAGAAGUGCCUCGUGGUGUACAUAUUAAUGCAGGAAAGGAGGGGGGCAAGGCAAUUGGAAACUGGGAAUAAGGUGAAAGUAUCCAGGAUUUAUUUUCAUGUACAGACGAAAUUGUCAUUUCUCUUCUCCUGCCCUGCUCUUUUUUUCCUCCCACAUCGUCGUGGUCCGCAGAGUGGGGGUACAGGACGACAGUGACGACUGUCCACUUCCUUUCAGAUCCCCAACCCCAGUCUGACCGGUCCUUGACGCACAGCAGGUGUGAUUGCCAUGUAACAUAACAUUGGUGGAAAAACGCCCACUUCGGUGUCUGUCUCCUGACCCCCUCCUCCCUCACGUGGGUGACCCGGGGCCACCCGGCCCCUAGUGCUGGGUGAUUGCCCGAGAGUUCAGGCAUGGAGAGCCCAAGUGGCCCCAGGCUUGGGAAGCUGUCCUCAUCAGGGCUGCCAAGGGGCCGGACCCCCAAGCAUGGACAUCCCCAGGAGCCUGUCAGAACCACGCCAGGCCCGGAAAACAACAACAAACACAGUCCGGUGUGUGAUGAGCCAGCAGAGGUGAAGAGGAAAGGUCGCCCUAAAGCAGAAGUGCAAGAACUGAGAAGCAUCCCUGCCCAUAUGAUAGUACAAUGGAAGGAAGAGUUUAAGCGCCGCUCCAGGGUUAAGUGUCCGUGUUCAGGCUGCUGGUUAGAGUUUCCCAGCAUCUAUGGCGUCAAGUACCACUAUCAACGCUGCCAGGGGGCCACCGUAGCUGAGAAGCUGAGUCAUGGCUGUCCCUACUGUGAGGCAGUGUUUGCCACAAAGGUGCGCCUGCAAAAGCACAAGUUGUGGAACCACCCAGACAGGGUUAAUAUGGAGCCCAAGGACGAGCAGCCUAAGCUUCAAAAGACCACUGUCAAGUCCAACACCAAGAAAAGGCCCAUAGAGAACAGUCCCCCCUCUACGAUGUUCUUCAAAGUGAAAAAGACCCAGGAGGUGUCCAUGCCCUCUCAGAACGGGGAGCUGGCCCACGGGAAGAGUGAGAGGAAACAGCACAGCCACACUCAGCCUUCACAGCAGAUUCACCAGUCCCAGCCAGUCCAGCCUCAGUCCCAGGAGUCUCACAGCACGUCGUCUGAUGCGGAGGGCAGUGAAAGUGAAUGGGACAGCCUUCCCCCUUCUUUCCCUGACGAAGACCCAGAGCGAAUGAGGCACAGACGUAAGCAGAAAACACCUAAGAAAUUCACUGGAGAGCAGCCUUCAAUAUCUGGAACAUUUGGAUUGAAGGGUAUGACUAAGGUGGAGGAGAAGCUGAAGGCUGGCCGUGCGAAGAGAUCAGAGGGGACUGGGUUCAGUGAGGAGCCCCAGAGAAGACCGACUUCAAGUCAGUCCUCCAAGAAAGAUCCAGCUACAAGCAGCUCUGGUGCUGACACCCAGUGGCAGCGAGCAAUCCAUGAGCGAGGUGAAGUAGUGUGUCCCACCUGCUCCAUCGUCACCAGGAAAACAAUCCACGGCCUCAAGAAACACAUGGAGAUUUGCCAGAAGCUCCAGGAUGCCCUGAAGUGCCAGCAGUGCCACAAACAGUUCAGGUCCAAGGCCGGCCUCAACUACCACACCAUGGCUGAACACAGCACCAAGCCCUCGGGGAGCGAAGGCCAGACGGGCGACAAGCACGAGGAGAGAGAACGGCUGCGCAGAGUGCUCAAACAGAUGGGACGAAUCAAGUGUCCUAGUGAGGGCUGUUCAGCCCACUUUUCCAGCCUGAUGGGCUACCAGUACCACCAGAAACGUUGUGGAAGAGAGUUCUCUGAUGAUGAGAAGCCUGUGUUUCUGUGCCAGCACUGUGGAAAAACCUACCACUCCAAAGCUGGCAGAGACUACCAUGUGCGUACCGAACACUCCUCAACUAUCACCACCACCAUGACAGCCACCACCACCACCACUACCACCAACAACAACAAGGACAUUAUCACUGACACCAACAACAACACCGGCAAAGAGAGGGUGGUCUCUGAGGAGUCUCCAUCAUUACGCAUAAAAGAGCAAAGCCAGCCUGAGAAGAAGGAUUGGCAGGAGAAAGCACCAUCCAGCCAGCCUAAGGAGAAGGAAAUAGAAGUGAGGGACAAGGACAGGGAAAAGGAAAAGGAGAGGGAGCGAGUCAAAGAAAAAGCAGCACAAACUGUGAGCCAGGGGGAUGACUUUGAACGGACCCCCAGUGGCAGAGUGAGGCGCCGGUCAGCUCAGGUGGCAGUGUUCCACCUGCAGGAGAUAGCAGAGGAUGAGCGCAAAGACUGGGGCACCAAGCGCCGCAUCAAGGAUGACCUGGUGCCUGAUAGCAAGAGGUUAAACUACACCCGUCCUGGCCUCCCUAACUUCAGCCAAGAGCUAUUAGAGACCUGGAAGAACCAAGUCAAGGAGAAGGGCUUCAUCUGCUGCACCAAUGAAAACUGUGAAGCUGUCUAUUCCAGUGUAUCAGGACUAAAAGCCCACCUUGCCAACUGCAGUCAGGGUGGUGGAGAACUGGGAAAGUACACUUGUCUCAUCUGUCAGAAGGAGUUUAGCUCAGAGAGCGGUGUGAAGUACCACAUCAGCAAGACACACUCACAGAACUGGUUCCGUGCAGCAGCCAGUGAAGUGGUCUCCAGUACCAAGAGUAAAGCGCCGGAGAACAAUGGGAUCAAAGCUGAGGUGAGGAACGGUGCCACCACUGGUAAGAAGAGGGGCCGCAAGCCCAAAGAGCGGCCCUCUGUGGUUGCGCCUCACCAAACACAAACUGAAGCACCAACCACUACUCAAAACUCAACCCCUGCCGUGACCCCUUCAUAGUCCCCCACCCUGAUCCCCAACCCAACGGACAGUGCUAAUUCAGGCCAAAACAGACAACCCAUCCCCUCCUCCGCCAGACGAAGCAAACCCAGGAGGCUGUCAUUGUCAGAGUAGCUCUGCUUUUGUUGACCCAGGAGCCAGGGAGGAUGCUUACUGUAAAUGUUGUGCCAGGAAGCUAAAUGACCUUUCUAACUCCACAAGGACUUGGCACUGAGAAGAAAGCUAAAUCAACCCUUAAGAAGUAAAACGUUUAGUACAGACUUUUUGAAAUCCCAGAGUUAAUGUGUCUACUGUUAUAAAAAUACUCAUGUAACAGUAGUGUUUUAUUUCUCCAUUCCACUUUUGUCUCCUUUUUAAUGCACACAUUUCAGUUUCUGUACUCACAGCAGAGGUGUCAAUAGUAAUCAAAAAUAAAAUCCUGACUUCAACAUAGAUAGCAUUUUCUAAACAGAGGUAGUAUUCCAAACAAAUGCAGAGUAAUUCUCUCUACAAUAUUCAUGUUGUGUUUUAUUCAUGAGGUUUUAAAAAGGAUAUUCUAUUAGCAUAGUGAAGUCAUUUAUUGAUAGCUAGUGUUUUCACAUUUUUUUCCACAGAUAUACUGUACUGUGUACAUAAAUAAUAUCUAUAUCUAUAUAUCUAUAUACUCAAAGCAAUGAUGCCAGCUGUCAUUUUAAAGCCUGACACGUCCAACUGGAUCAUGAGCAGUCAGAAUUUUUUGCAGUGUGUGCUGUAGUGCAAUUAUGCUUUGAACUUGAUUUCUUUUUCUGGUAUAAUUUUCUUGUUUUUUACUUUUCAGGUUUUAAGUAAGAAAUUCUCAUAUAAGCUAAAAUGUUGGUCAGUUGUUAAUCAUAUUCCACUCUGUUUUUCCUACAGCCAUGUGGCUCACUUCAGUGAUAUUUAUUUUUAUUUGAUCUGCAUCACAUGACAGUGAAAGGUAUCUGCUUUGACGACCAUGAACAAGUGUCAAAAGAUUGUUUCCACAGUUCUUUUACACUGAAGUUAAAAAGCAGAAUACCCAAAAAGUGAUUGUUUGAGAUUUCCAUCUGUAGGGUAUAAGUUAAUACUUAAUAUGGCAUUGUUUAAUUGAUUUUAAACAAAAAACUUGAAGCAUUCUGUCUAAAAUAAGACUGGCAAAGCUAAAUGUUGGACAGAGGGAUGAAUUUUGUGUGAAGCUUGUUGCACCAUUGCAGCACAAUCAAAUGAUGUGAUACGAUUUUUAAGGAGGCCAUAUUUUGGCUACUGCUUUAGCUUGAAUCAAAGAGCUGAGGAGAGAAUACAAAUAUCUUUUAUAGAGAGGGUGAGGGAAAUAAUCUUUUAUUAAAUAAAUAAAAUUGCAAACGAAGAUUCAAUUAUAAUGAUGUAUAUGAAUUAAUUCCUGGAUGCUCAAAGUUAUUGCCUUGCACUUUAACCCUUAACCCCUCUCGCUUGUCUCUUGUAUUUUUGCACUCCAGGAGUAUUCAACCUAACCUAGUGGCUGUCAGGCACAGAAGUAGGAAUAUUUUACUCUGAUGAAAAAUUUUAACUAGAGAAAAACUAAAUUUGUCUUUACAUGGGUAAUGAGCAGCCUGGUUAACUCUUUCUAAAUAGUAUCUGUAAUCAAACAUGACCGUAUGAUUAUGACUCACCACACAAAGCCAUAACAGGUCUUGUUGAAUUUUAAGGCUGCUCUAUCCCACUUGAAGUUAGUUUAGCUGCAGAUUAAAAAUAAUAAUAAUCCAUUAUUAUUAAAUUACUUUUCAAGUCUGAAAUGUGUGCAAUUUAGAGAAUAUUUUCACUUUAACAUGUUUAAAGUAGAUACUUGAAUUCACAGUUAUAUUAAAGAUUUGAGCAAAUGAAAACUCCAUAAAUAUUUGAUUUAUAUUUGGAGUCUAUGUCCAUAAAAAUAAUGACUUCCUUGCUUAAAAAGAAAACGACAGAUCAUAAAUCUAUUUUAUAUUCUCUUGUGUGUAUUACCCAUAUAGCAAUCUGAUAGCUUUGAAUACAGUUGUGAUGUGGGGAUAUUCUGGUGAGGUAAUAAGAGUGCUUUACUUGUCACUCUACCUUAAGGACCUGAACUCAGUUAAGUCCACUAAUCCAUCCUGCCACUUUCUCCUUACUGGCAAGUCCUCUGAAUUUUUUGCACCAACAAAUCGUUGUCAUUAUUCAAAUCAAGGACUGAUGUCAGCAGAACAUGUUCAAGAAAUAUGUGUCCCAGGUGGUGUCAUCCCUACGCUGUGACCUUUAAUAUUGUGAAGCAAAGAUUUGAUCUGAAUUCCUCCAUUUUUAAUCAACUGAUGGUGGUUAUUCAAGUGGGAAUGAUUAUGCAUGUGUCUAUCCCUAUUAGUGGGAUGGACCUUUAUCUUCUAUCCAGGUUCAACCGAUGGAGAGGAUAAGAGUUAGACAAGCACUGAUUGGUCCUUGGACCUUUUCAAUAUGAGUUGUCCAGACCUUUAUGUGUGUAUGUGUAUGUGUGUGUGUGUGUGUGUGUGUGUGUGUGUGUGUGUGUGUGUGUGUGUGUGUGUGUGUGUGUGUGUGUGUGUGUGUGUGUGUGUGUGUGUGUGUGUACAAAACAGUUAGCACCUUUGUAAUGACUGGAUGUCAAAAAUGGUAACACUUUUCGUUGAGUGUUAUGCUGUGGCACAGAAUCAGUUCAUCAGCUGCUUGUUACACGUUUCAUUAAUAACGUCACAUUGACUGUGUUUACCUGACAAGCUUUGGUGUUGCAAUAUGAUGGUUAGGCACUGCUUUUGACAGUGGGUAUUUUAUAUUUUAUCACACCCUUUACUAUCUGUCUUCCUAUGAUGUGGAAAACACAUAUCUAUCCCGCAGUGUGAGCUAACUGCAACAUCUUUAGAGUACAGCAAUACACCAUAAUUAGCUGGUUUUGUUGGCUUGCUGAUAUUUUGAUAUUGAUGUGUCUUCUCAAAAUUGUAUGGCUUUUUUCACUCCCCUACUUUUAUUAGUUUGCUUUGAAAAUGCUUUUUACAUAUUAUGAAAUCUAAAAAAAAAUGAAUUAAAAAAAAAAGGUUGAAAAAAUUUGUAGACCACAAAGAACAUUGUAAGCCUGUGUGUCGGCAUACACUGUUAUUUUAUCCAUUUUGAUGAUGCACAUAAAUUGAGCUUUUUCAGUACACAAUGGCAAACACAUUGAGAGAGUCCUUUAUUAUUAUCUAUUCAAUAAGGGACAACAAGGCAUAAUGUAUGUGUGUUUGUUUCAGUAUUUAGUGCACUUACUAUACCAUGAAAUAGGCUUGAAAUAGGCGUGUUAUUGGAGCUUUCUAGUUACCCUGACUGUGUGUGGUGUGACUUUUGUACCUGGGGAAACAGCAGGCUCAAGCGUCUUCCCUUUGUCAGCAAUGUUAUUUCCAAAACCAAGGUUAAUCCUUAGAAAUCCAGCCUGAGACUUUUACCCUUUUAUUUGGACAACAGUGGUUCGUUUUGUAUGCUACCUGCUUCAAAAGCAGGAAAUGGCAUCCACCUCUGUCGUCUGGGCCAUUGUGAUGAAACUGUGGAGAGUUUUAAGAGAUAAUGUUGUAGCUCAUAACUGGUUAUGAUAUAUAGGUAACAGGUGAAAUGAGACUAAUAAUGUAUUAAAGAUUUCCAUAUCUGAAAUUAAGCUGUAUAGAACCUAGGAGACAUCAACAUAUCCUUAGAGAACUGUUACAAUUUUUCUCCCAAACUUGUUGUAUUACCUGUGCAUUAGUAUCCCUCAACUAAUUAAUAAAAGUUUGUUGACUAAAA